AUGUCCCUCAAACGCGUUGGUGGAAAAUCGGAUGGUGGUGUCGACUUAAUAGGCUGGUGGUGGCUUCCUCUUAGCUCAGUUUCCCAGUCUACCUCAAUCACACCUCCACGUAGACGUAUACGCGUCCUUGCGCAAUGUAAAGCGGAGAAGAAAAAAUUCUCACCAAACUACGUCCGCGAGAUGGAAGGCGUG